AUGUUUCCAAAUAUUAACAUACUGACAUUUAGUAAAUUUAAAACUUCACCAAAAACAGGUGUUCUCAACUGUGCUCAUCUGCGACAUAUGACACACCUUCGAAUUAUACCACUCAACAUAAAUCAAAUUGAUGCGUCUUUCGUUGAAAACUGUAUUCAGCUUUGUCCAGUUUUAACGUCACUCACCGUUGUUUACAAGGAUGCACUUGAUUCAUGUAAAGGACCAUUAACAUUUAUUUCUGACAAUGUCCGACUGCCGAAUAUUGUGAAAUUUAACUUGGAAUUAGGAAAUAUAGAUGAGAAUGCCUUUGAUGCAAAUACAAUUGAACAUUUAUCAACAGUAUUUCCAUGUUUGCAUUAUUUGUAUAUUAGUUCAGUAAAAAAUAAAGAUGACGGUAUGGUGUUCGAGCGAACUAUUGAUCCACUUUUGAGAUACAAUAAACAACUUGUCUAUUUAAAGCUUAAGUUUUAUCGUGAUGUUGUUUUCAAUGUCGGCGAUGUCAAGAUUGUUGAUGACCGUACCAAGCAAGAAGAAGACGAAGAAGAAGAAAAAUAUGCGAAGCAAUUCUUAUCAAACUCAAUAAACAAAACUACCUUAAAUACGUAUGAUCCCAAUAAUUACAAAGUGUGGUACAAGCAAGACGUACUUAGUAUUUGGCUAUGA